AUGCCUGACGAUAAAUUACAAAUGGCCAAGGAUAUUGGUGUUUCCGUUGCAGGAUCAAUGGGUGGUAACAAGGUUGCUGAUGCUCUUCACCUUGGUGGUGCAGGCCACAUUGCUGGAGGAAUUGCUGGAAGUAUGGCUGCCAAUGAUGCCGAACACAAGCUUGAAGACAAGAAAUAA